AUGGCAUUCAUCAGUCUUCUGUUCGCAGUGUUACUCCUCUGUGUGCGCCCUGCCCGUUUGUAUGCCAAUGCAACAGCAAGCCGCUAUGACGCUGUUGUCAAGAGGCAGAAGCGCUUCCUGGUCUUUGAAAAGGGUGCAUCCAUCACAUUACAGGGCAAUAAUGCCAAAUCUAUUCUACCGGGUGUUCCUCGUGGAUUGAAUGUUCUAUUCGAGUACACGGUAUUCUACGAUCUGCCAACUGGCUUAGAUCUAAUUAAGAAGAAGUUUGCAGCUCUCGAAAGCAGAUUCACCACAAAGGCCCCUGAUAGACCUAGCACCAUGAGGCCACCAAAUUUGCUGCAUUUUCCCCAAAUGUGGAGCGAUGGCUCCACGGCACAGCACAGAAGAUAUUCAAAAUGCAAACGGAAAAAUUUCUAUGAAUUGUAUGAAGGAUAUUCGGCAAUCUGCUUAAAGAGAACCAAACGAGUAGCAGAUAUGCAGCGGCUGACAACAUCCGAACGAUUAUUUUAUGAUGUUAUGGAAAAAUGGUCGCUUUUGCAUGGUUUCCAGCCUCGUAAUUGUUUCAUGAGAACCUUGUGUGAAGCUCGUCAUUUGCUUCUACCCUACGGCUACUCGCUACUACAUGAUGUUAUUCAUAUAUUUCUAAGGUGUGCUGAUCACUAA